AUGCCUCAUUGCUACGAAUACAAUUCGGGAGCUGCAUCUCCGACCUACUCCCCUACUUCUAGUUUAGAUCACCGACUUCAGGUAAACGCCUAUCUUUUUGACAUUAUCAAUGGUCGAACUGAAAUCAAUCAUCCCAUGUGUCAAGAGUGUGCUGAAAUCCUAAUCAGAACCCAGCAACAACUACUUGACUUCCAGAAUGAGGAAAUUGCCUGUCUCGAAUCCUUACUCGAGGAGCUAAAAGCCAACAAAACGGAGAAAACUGGUUCGAACACGAAUGUAGAAAAUUCCGCUGAGCAAAUGUUUUUAACCUCAGGUCAAUCGGGACAAGCCUCUUCGUUGUCAGUAAGGGGCUCCCUUGACGAGGAUUUACCGGAUCAGUUGGAUACCUCGGUUGAGAACGAUGAGGAUGGUUUAUUCCGUGAACUGCAUGCUACUGAAGACUCCCCAGUAGAGACGAACGAAAGCAAUGUGACCACUACCGAUCCGCAUUACACCGAGGAGGGACUACGCUCUCUUCACCAAGAAUUCGUCCGCCUUCAGCGCGAAUCACGAUUAUUAGACCAACAAAUCGCCACCAAUGAGGCUGCCCUGCUUGUUCGACAGACUGAGUUGGAUCGAAUAACCAAUGAGUACAACGAGCAACGCCUAACAGUGAUGGAGGCUGAAGAGUCGUUAAAUGUGCUUGACGCUCGACUAAAUGAUGCUCGAUAUCAGUACGAGCGGCUUCGACGAACCAACGUCCUCAAUGCUGCUUUUCCCAUCUGGUACGACGGACACAUUGGGGUUAUAAAUGGCCUCCACCUGGGUCGAUUGGCGUCGAAACCGAUCACGUGGCCUGAAAUAAACGGGGCUUUGGGGCAGUGUGCCAUGCUGGUGACCUGUCUUGCCAAGAAGCUCUCUUAUACUUUCAAAAGCUAUGUGAUAAUCCCCAUGGGCAGUCAGUCGAAGAUAGUUGCGUUGCCGAAUGGGACUCCGCUGCCUCUCUAUAAUUCUCCAGGGAGCUUGAGACUAUUCAGCAGCACAAGCUUUGACAAUGCAUUAGUGAUGCUUCUCGAUUGUGUCGGUCAACUUCAGACACGGGUCGAACGUCCACCGGAUUUUUGUCUACCCUUUAAAAUCCUCGAUGGUGGCUGCAUUCAGGACCGGAGUGGAUCAGUCUUUUCCAUCAAAUGCUCCACCACUACUGACGAGAAUUGGACGAAGGCGUUGAAGAUGCUCCUGAUGGACCUCAAGUACCUAAUCGCCGCCACAGUCGGCAAAUCUGACUCCCCCAUCUCCAAACCGUAG